AGGAAGGGAGACUGUCGUUGCCGCGCCGAAGAGAGCUCCCAGACCUGGAAAGCCUCCCACCCAAUUUGCCCGCCGGCCGCCGCCUCCCUCUCCGGCAAGUCCGGCCGGCGGCGAGGUGGUGAUGCCACGAAGACGGCGGUGGCGCCGGCCGUUUGAUGCGCCCGCCACCUCCUCCUCCCGCCGCGCUCUCCAAGCACCACCUCCUCCGCAUCCGCCGCUGCCUCCCACCCGUUUGGCUUAAUGCCGCCCACGCCCGGGACCCGUCCCCGCCACCACCACCACCGCCGCCGCCGCCCACCUCUUUUUUCUCCCCCUCCUCCCUCUCUGUCCUUCUCUUCUCCUGCACUGCGGGUCACGCCCGCUUAACCGGCGAGCAGGUGCACGCGCGCGCCGUCGCGCUCGGCCUGGGCGCACACCCCUCGGUGCUCCCCAGGCUCGCCUCCUUCUACAUCGCGCUCGGCGACCUCUCUGCGGCGCGAGCUGCCGUCGAGCGCGCGGCAGGGAAGGCGCGGGCGUUCCCCUGGAACCUACUCAUAUGGGGCUACGCGGACCGGGGGCUGUGGGCCGAAGUGGUCCUCGCCUACGAGAGGAUGCUGGCGCUGGGCGUGGGCGCCGACAGGUUCACGUACCCGUCGGUCCUGCGUGCCUGCGGCGAGCUCCGGGAUGCCACCAUUGGCCGGGGGAUUGAGCAGAGGAUUCAGAGGUGGGGAUACGGCCUGGACAUGUACGUCUGGAAUGCGCUGGUGGGGAUGUAUGCCAAGUGCGGGGAGCUGGAGGACGCACGCAGGGUGUUUGACGGAAUGCCUGCGAGGGAUGUUGUUAGCUGGAACGCGAUGGUGUCUGGGUAUGCGUCCACGGGUAUGUGGGGUGAGGCGUUUGAGCUGCUGCAGCAGGUUCCUGGGGCAAACAUUGUCACCUGGAACAUUGUUGCAGCAGGAAAUUUGAAGGCGGGGAACAACGGCGAGGUGAUGAGGCUGGUAUCGCAGAUGAGGAGUUCCCACGGUCCAGGGCUGGAUUUUGUGACUGUUGUGGUUGGCCUCAAGGCAUGUGGUCGGAAUGGUUAUCUGAGAAUUGGCCGUGAGUUGCACGGUGUGGCUGUUCGUCUAUGCUUCGAUAGGCUUGAGCGCGUGGAAUGUUCAUUGAUCACAAUGUACUCAAGAUGCCAGAUGAUGAGGUCUGCCUACCGUCUGUUUAGAACAUGUUCAGUUCGGAGCAUGGCAACAUGGAAUUCAUUGCUAGCAGGAUUUGCAUUCAUGGAGCAGGUCGAGGAAGCUAUGUGUCUUUUCCGAGAGAUGACUGGUUCUGCUGUCUUUCCAAAUGAUGUUACUGUGUUAACUAUGCUUUCACUUAGUGCACGUUUUGGACACCUGUGUCACGGAAGGGAGAUGCACUGCUACAUCAUCAAGCAUGGACUCAGUGGCUCUAACUUACUGCAGAACUCACUUGUUGACAUGUACUCAAAGUCUAGACAGAUGGCAGCUGCCCGCAGAGUGUUUGAACAGAUGCAGUGUCGAGACAGGCAUGCCUACACUUCGUUGAUUUUGGGGUAUGGAAUGCAAAGAGUGGGUCUUGUAUCACUGAAGCUCUUUGAUGAGAUGAUUGCCAACAAUAUCAAGGUGGACCAUGUGACUAUGGUUGCAGUUCUCUCAGCAUGCAGCCACUCUGGGCUGGUAACUCAAGGGCAACUACGAUUUGCUGAGAUGUUUGAUGUAUUUUGCAUUGCACCAAGGGUGGAGCAUUUUUCUUGCAUGGUCGAUUUGUACUGCCGUGAAGGUUUGCUGAGGAUGGCUGAGGAGAUAAUUAACAAGAUGCCAUUUCAGCCAACUGCUGCAAUGUUGGCAACUCUAAUUGAGGCUUGCAGGAUCCAUGGCAAAAUGGAAAUUGGGGAUCGAGCUGCAAAGAGGCUGCUGGCAAUGAGGACGGACAACCCUGGUCACUACAAAUUGAUUGCAAACAUGUAUAUUUCAGCCAAACGCUGGCCAGAACUAGCUAAGGUUAGAUCAUCAAUGAGCGCAAUGGAGCUAAAUAUGAUUCGAACCCAUUCCUUACUGGAGUCAGAAUAUGACAUAUGUCCAGUCAAACAAGAUUAUUGCUUAAACCACAGUACACAUGGAGGCUUGUCUGAUGACAUGACAGAUAUUGAUUUCUCUAGUAGUGAGGAAGUGAAAUUCAAUGAAGCUUUUGGUGGGUAACAAUAAAGCUGGAAUCCGAUAGGCUACUUUGGGACCAGGGCUUUUAUGUUAGGCAAGCAUCUUAGCAACCUGUGUUCUUCACAUCGCAGAAGAGCUAGGAAAAUUUGAAAGAAGAUAGUGAGAGGUCCUUUUACCUCUGAUGCCAAGUGGUAGAGGCAAUUGGACUGAACCUGUCAUGGGCAGCCAGCAGGCUGCCACCGAGAUGGCAGGCGGAGCCAGCCCAAAGGCCCAUGCAGAACAGUACCGCGCGAACAGUACCCAUCAAAUUAGAUUAGAUGGAUUUGGUUUGUUAGGAAAGGAAUAAGAUAGAUUGAUUAGGUUAGGAUAUUACUUAGGGGUCAAGUAAGCCUUGCUUACAGGUCAAGUAACCCUCUCUAUAUAAUGAGAGGAGAUGUAUCAAUCUAAUUAAGAAAUGAACAAUGAAGAAAUAAUUCUAGUCUCCCUCAAUCUCUCAAGCUCUUGGCAAAGCAUAAGGCCUAGUUACCCCAAAAUAUCCAUCACCAUUACAUCUGGUAUCAGCUAGCCGGCGAUCCUCUUCCACGCCGCCCGAUCUAUCCUCCCCGGCCGGCCAUCGAUCUGCGCCGCCAUCUACCACCACCACAACCUAUGCCAUAGUUCCAGAUGGAUUUUCCUCCAUUUGAUGGGAAAUCUUAUCCGCUCGCCUUCAUCAACCAAUGCGAGACCUACUUCAACCGGGAGCGCAUCAUGGAGGAAGAAAAAGUGUGGAUGGCUUCCCGUAAUUUGGCGGAGGACGCCCGGAUGUGGUUCCUCCAAGUCCAGCGGGAUGAGGGCACCCCGGCGUGGCGCCGCUUCACCAAGCUACUACACCUACGCUUCGGAUCACCCCCACGCUCCACCCUGCUCCAUCAUGUGUCCCCUGCUACCAACGACACUUCACGCCUCUUUGCUGAUGUGUUCACACAGCUGGAUCGCCUCAGUGCGCGUUUCCAGGCGAAGGAUAAGGAGGACCGUGAACGCCUCGUGGCAGUACACCUUCAGGCAGCAGCACGGGGAUUCCUGUCACGCCGGCGGAUGCAAUCUCUGGAGAAGUCCGGCCGUGAACGCUUUGCUGCGGUGCGGCUACAGGCGGCAGCGCGAGGAUUCUUGGCGAGGCACGCCACAAGGAAGCUGCGUGCAGCAAUCCAACCUACCCUACUCGCUCCCGCUCACCAUCUCCACCUACCUCCGCCGCCGGCAACCCUCUUCAUCGCGCCGACCACCCUCUUCGUCGCGCCGACCACCCCUUACAUCGCGCCGACCACUCCAGCCGCCGCCGCGCCGACCACCCCUUCUGCUGUCCCCAAUUCGUCGCCACGGACAGCACCCACCAUGACUAAUUUGGCCAAGCUCAUCAACUCCCUCACCGCACCCACCAGUGACUCGCAAGGACAGGUCGCUGCCUUGCCGCAAGAGCUUUCAGCGCGGGCAUCCUUCCCUGGUUCAAGGGGCUCAGGCCACAGCAACCACCAGGGCGACCAGCUGGCUGCUAGUCUCUUCCCAUGGGAUCCAGGACGUUGUCGGCUCCUUCCUCGACCAGUAACUAUCCAGCUCGAGGGCGAGCUGGGUCUCCAAGGGCGGGGGAGAUGUCAUGGGCAGCCAGCAGGCUGCCACCGAGAUGGUAGGCGGAGCCAGCCCAAGGGCCCACGCGGAACAGUACCGCGUGAACAGUACCCGUCAAAUUAGAUUAGAUGGAUUUGGUUUGUUAGGAAAGGAAUAGGAUAGAUUGAUUAGGUUAGGAUAUUACUUAGGGGUCAAGUAAGCCUUGCUUACAGGUCAAGUAACCCUCUCUAUAUAAUGAGAGGAGAUGUAUCAAUCUAA